CAAACUGUUUAGUCUUCCGCGUUACUUCAACGUUCGUAUGUAUUGUCCUUUUUCGUCGAGUUGUGUGUUUUACGACGAGAAGACAUGGCAGCGGAAUCAGCUGUUAAAGUUUGUGUCCGUAUUCGCCCUGUUGUUGCGAGGGAAGAAAAAGCUGCUUCAGAAAAGGCCCAGCCUGUUCAGCUGUUUUGGAAAGCUGACAAAAAAUCCAUUUGUCAGAUUGAUGAUGGAAAUUCCAGCAAGAGCUUUAGUUUUGACCGAGUGUUUACAGCAGAAGAAUCUACAAGCCAGCUAUAUAUGGACAUUGCAAAACCUCUGGUUGUAUCCACUGUUGAAGGCUACAAUGGAACAAUAUUUGCCUAUGGUCAGACCUCUUCUGGAAAAACAUUCACAAUGAUGGGCUCUGAUCGUAAUCCUGGAGUCAUUCCUUUGGCUGUAGAUGAUGUCUUCCAAACUAUUAAAAAUUUUCCAAACAAAGAAUUUCUUCUCCGAGUGUCUUACAUGGAAAUAUACAAUGAAACUGUGACGGACCUGCUUGUUGAUAGUUGGAAGAGAAAACCAUUGGAAGUUCGGGAAACAAUCGAUAAAACCAUCUAUGUGGCUGAACUGACAGAGGAGCUAGUUACAUCUUCUGCACAAGCUCUCGCCUGGAUCAGGAAGGGAGAGACAAACCGUCAUUAUGGAAAGACUAAAAUGAACCAGUGGAGCAGUCGGUCACACACCAUAUUUCGAAUGAUACUGGAGAGCAGGGAAAGGACUGAUCCAGCUUUAGGGGAAAAUGCUGAUGGAGCCAUUUUUGUUUCCCAUUUAAAUUUAGUGGAUCUAGCUGGAUCUGAGAGAGCCAGUCAAACGGGGGCGGAAGGCGCUCGUUUAAAAGAAGGGUGCAAUAUCAACCUCAGUUUGUUUACGCUUGGACAAGUGAUCAAGAAACUCACUGAUGAAAGCCAGAAGGGCUUUACCAAUUACCGAGACAGCAAAUUGACCCGCAUCCUGCAGAACUCCUUGGGAGGCAAUGCUAAGACUGUUAUCAUUAGCACCAUCACUCCAGUUUCUCUAGAUGAGACUCUGAGCACUCUUCAGUUUGCCAGCACUGCAAAGAAAAUGAAGAAUGACCCUCAUGUGACAGAGGUAUUGGGUGAUGGAGCGUUGCUCAAGAGGUAUCGUAAUGAGAUCUUAGACCUCAAGUGUCAACUUAACAAGGUGUCUUCAGUUACACAUACCGCAGUGACAGAAAAAGAAGUUCUCGCUCAGUUGCUCGAAGAAAAAGAGCAGCUUCAGAGAGAACAAGAAGACAGAAUUAAAACACUUACUAAACUGCUGGUCACUAGUUCCAACCCCGUCUCUUAUCCAAAGAUGCCUAAACGUAGGGUGACAUGGGGGGGCAAGAUGGUUAAACAUACCCAUCCGUCUGCCUUUAAUGAUGAUGGGAUGCCUCGCAUGAACAUGACUUUUGGCUGGAAGAGGAAAGCUGAUCGCUUAUUUUCCUCAGAGACAGAUGAGGACUUUUAUCCCCACUGGGAGAUUCCAGAGGAGCCAUCAGAUGAAAUGGAGAUGAGUCAGAGCUCUGUGACUGUUCGCAGCUUUGGAGAAAGCCCCACAGGCCUGGUUUCUUCUGAUGGAAUAUGUGCACAGUCAGAGAAAAUAUCUAACCUUGACUGGCAAUUUGAAAUCGAGAGUCAACGGAGAGAGGAGGCUGUAAAAAAGGUAGAAAUGUUGGAAAGUCGAGUAGCAGAGCUGCUGUUGCAUGUUCAAUCAGAAGCUUUGCAGAAACUGGAAGCUGUAAAGAAAACGCAAGCAACAGAAGUGUUGCUGCAAAAUGAAGUUAAAGAGAAGUUGGACGCCUUGGAAAAAAUGCAGACUAUGGAGCAAAGAAUUGAAGAUCUGCAGUUUCAGCUGCAGAGUGAAACUAAGCUAAAGCUAGAGGCUGUGUUGCAAAUGCAAGCAGCAGAACAUAGUCUUGUUGAACUGAAGAGGGUUCUGGAAACUGAAACUGAGCAGAAGCUGGAAUGCAAUGACAUGCUGAAGUUAAAAGUAUCGGACCCUGAGAGACAACUGGAGGAGCAGAAGCAUACAGAGUCUGAUCAGAUGAGAAAAUGCCUUGCAGACAGUGUUCAGCUGUGUGAAUUCCUGGCUGCAGAGAAGGAAAAGGUUAUUGCUGAGCGAGACUAUCUGAAACAGGAGCUGGGGAUCUUCCUAGAACACACUAAGAGAUUAGAGAAGGAAAAAGCUGAAGAACUGAAAGAGUUAAAGGAUUUGAACGAGUUCACACGUCUGGAGAAUAAGGUCAUAAAGGAACAAGAGAUAAAGGGUCUAACUGAAGAGCUUCAGAGUGUGCUAGCAGAAAAAGACCAGCUGCUUGCUGAGAAGGAAUCCUCUGCAGAAAAGCUGGAGAAGCUGCAAUGCGACCUGAUGGCUAUCAAUGAAGAGAGAAAUCAACUGGACAUGGUGGUGAAAGAGCUGACAGAGGAGAAGAAGAAACUCCAAGCACAACUUGAGGAAAAUAACCAAAUGGGUCUACCUGAAGAGCUUCAGAGUGUGCUAGCAGAAAAAGACCAGCUGCUCGCUGAGAAGGAAUCCUCUGCAGAAAAGCUGGAGAAGCUGCAAUGCGACCUGAUGGCUAUCAAUGAAGAGAGAAAUCAACUGGACAUGGUGGUGAAAGAGCUGACAGAGGAGAAGAAGAAACUCCAAGCACAACUUGAGGAAAAUAACCAAAUGGGUCUACCUGAAGAGCUUCAGAGUGUGCUAGCAGAAAAAGACCAGCUACUUGCUGAGAAAGAAUCCUCUGCAGAAAAGCUGGAGAAGCUGCAAUGCGACCUGAUGGCUAUCAAUGAAGAGAGAAAUCAACUGGACAUGGUGGUGAAAGAGCUGACAGAGGAGAAGAAGAAACUCCAAGCACAACUUGAGGAAAAUAACCAAAUGGGUCUACCUGAAGAGCUUCAGAGUGUGCUAGCAGAAAAAGACCAGCUGCUCGCUGAGAAGGAAUCCUCUGCAGAAAAGCUGGACAUGCUGCAAUGUGACCUGAUGGCUAUCAAUGAAGAGAGAAAUCAACUGGACAUGGUGGUAAAAGAGCUGACAGAGGAGAAGAAGAAACUCCAAGCACAACUUGAGGAAAAUAACCAAAUGGGUCUACCUGAAGAGCUUCAGAGUGUGCUAGCAGAAAAAGACCAGCUGCUCGCUGAGAAGGAGUCCUCUGCAGAAAAGCUGGAGAAGCUGCAAUGCGACCUGAUGGCUAUCAAUGAAGAGAGAAAUCAACUGGACAUGGUGGUGAAAGAGCUGACAGAGGAGAAGAAGAAACUCCAAGCACAACUUGAGGAAAAUAACCAAAUGGGUCUACCUGAAGAGCUUCAGAGUGUGCUAGCAGAAAAAGACCAGCUGCUUGCUGAGAAAGAAUCCUCUGCAGAAAAGCUGGAGAAGCUGCAAUGCGACCUGAUGGCUAUCAAUGAAGAGAGAAAUCAACUGGACAUGGUGGUGAAAGAGCUGACAGAGGAGAAGAAGAAACUCCAAGCACAACUUGAGGAAAAUAACCAAAUGGGUCUACCUGAAGAGCUUCAGAGUGUGCUAGCAGAAAAAGACCAGCUGCUCGCUGAGAAGGAAUCCUCUGCAGAAAAGCUGGAGAAGCUGCAAUGCGACCUGAUGGCUAUCAAUGAAGAGAGAAAUCAACUGGACAUGGUGGUGAAAGAGCUGACAGAGGAGAAGAAGAAACUCCAAGCACAACUUGAGGAAAAUAACCAAAUGGGUCUACCUGAAGAGCUUCAGAGUGUGCUAGCAGAAAAAGACCAGCUGCUCGCUGAGAAAGAAUCCUCUGCAGAAAAGCUGGAGAAGCUGCAAUGCGACCUGAUGGCUAUCAAUGAAGAGAGAAAUCAACUGGACAUGGUGGUGAAAGAGCUGACAGAGGAGAAGAAACUCCAAGCACAACUUGAGGAAAAUAACCAAAUGGGUCUACCUGAAGAGCUUCAGAGUGUGCUAGCAGAAAAAGACCAGCUGCUCGCUGAGAAAGAAUCCUCUGCAGAAAAGCUGGAGAAGCUGCAAUGCGACCUGAUGGCUAUCAAUGAAGAGAGAAAUCAACUGGACAUGGUGGUGAAAGAGCUGACAGAGGAGAAGAAGAAACUCCAAGCACAACUUGAGGAAAAUAACCAAAUGGGUCUACCUGAAGAGCUUCAGAGUGUGCUAGCAGAAAAAGACCAGCUGCUCGCUGAGAAGGAAUCCUCUGCAGAAAAGCUGGAGAAGCUGCAAUGCGACCUGAUGGCUAUCAAUGAAGAGAGAAAUCAACUGGACAUGGUGGUGAAAGAGCUGACAGAGGAGAAGAAGAAACUCCAAGCACAACUUGAGGAAAAUAACCAAAUGAUUGGGGAGCUGAAUAUGUCUGUACAAAUUGUCACUGACCAGAAGAGACAGUUAGAGGAACACCAACAGCAGCUUGAAGAAAAGGCAUCCUCAUCAGAAGAACUUUUGAAGGCUGUCAAAAAUGACUUGGAUGAACAAAAAAAAUUCAACUGUGAGCUGAAGAAAAUAAUAGACGAGAAGUCUUCUGUGGACCAAAAGGUCACAGAAUUGGCUGAUAGUUUGGCAAGCGUUGAAGCAGAGAAGAAUUUUCUUUUGUCUGAAAAAUGGAAAAACCUCCAAAGCCACAAAGACGAAAUGGAAAAACUGCAGUUCAGCUUGAUGGCUCUCAGUCAGGAGAGAGAUUCUUUGCAGGAGGUGCUAGUGGGGUUGAGAGAGGAGAAGGAGCAGCUUGGAGCACAGCUGCAGGAAAAUAUGAACAUGAUGACGGCCUUGCAGGAAAAGCUCACCCAGCAGGAGUUUUUGACUGUGGAGAAGGAAGCUGAAAAUAUGGAAGAGCAAGCGAAAUUAAAGCAAGAAUUGCAGUACCUCCAAGAGGAGCUGCAGGUGCAACAGAAAAGAAGAGCUCUGGCUGAAUCCAAAUCAGAUGCCUCCCAGCAGUUGCUGGAUGAAGCAAACUCGUCUCUCUCAGCCCUGAGGCAGCAAUUGAACAGCUUGGAACACAGGCCCAAUGUAAUCGGGGAGACUCUAUCACGCCUGCAGGACUCCGCUAAUCACCUCGUUGAGGCCUUUGGAAAAUUCCACGAGUUUACAGCGACGUGUUCAAAGUAUGACUCCGAAACCCUAGAGGAGGUUCUAAGAGUGCAGUGUUCCUUGAAGCACAUUUCCUUGGCCAGUUUUCCAAAAUCUGUGGUGGAUACCUAUGGUGACGUUUGUGGGCUGGGAUUGCACACUUCGCAGACUCUCAUAAGAAUUCUUGGACAACUCAAAGCGCAUUCACAUGGCUAUGUGAAAGUGUUUGAGCUGGUGAUAAAUAAAGAUUUGGCCAUUUUUGAGGAGAGGCGGCUGCAGGACUUGCUACUAUCCAGACAUGAUGCUCCAAAAUAUUCUGUCAACUAUGAGGAUUUCCACUCACUGUGGAAUGAGAGACUAACUGAGCUUCUGGACAAACGCCUGCUGUACCAACAGAAAAUGGAGAAAAUUUUGGAGAAACUUUGGGCAAACCUGACAUCAUAUCUCACGCUGUGGAAAGCUGAAAUCCUUGAGAGGGUAAAAUUCAAGGAGGCUCUUCAGGCUGCCAUCAUCCAGCCUGUUUUCACUGGGUUGGAGCCUGUCCUCAGUCAAGAAGCUGAACGCAGACGUUCAGUAGUCCAAAAGGGAAAGAUGUCUUUACAGUCCAUCACGGAAGAGCAAAAUAAGAUUUUUGAUGAACUAAAGCAGCUGGAUGCACAGAGAGAUUCUCAACUUAAAGAAGAGAAAGGAAAAAAUGCAACUCUGCUGCAGGCCCUGGAGGGAACUCCUCUAAAAACAGAGUUGUCCUUACUCAUGGACUACAAGCAGCUUGUUCUUCAGCUUCAACAAGCAGAAAGAGGCCUUAAAGGUCUACCUGAAGAGCUUCAGAGUGUGCUAGCAGAAAAAGACCAGCUGCUCGCUGAGAAGGAGUCCUCUGCAGAAAAGCUGGAGAAGCUGCAAUGCGACCUGAUGGCUAUCAAUGAAGAGAGAAAUCAACUGGACAUGGUGGUGAAAGAGCUGACAGAGGAGAAGAAGAAACUCCAAGCACAACUUGAGGAAAAUAACCAAAUGGCUCUGCGUGAAAAAAUUGGACACCUAGAGGAGGCAAUUAAUGCGGCCAAAGAGACUGAAUCCAACAACAAACGGGCCAUUCAGCUCUUACAGACUGAAUUGCAGGACGCUUGGGUGGUUGCGAAAGAGAAGGAGAGCACAAUCCAAACCUUGAAGGUCAAACUGGAAGAGUUUGAAAAGAAGUCAUCACCCAGUGCAGCUGAGCUGGCGAUCCUCCAGAGGAAGCUCUUUGAAAUGGAGGUUAAGCUUGCCUCAUUAACUGAUGAACACCAGGAAGAGAUACAGAGGAUGAAGAUGGUGUUGAGUGUAAAGGAAGAGUCACUGAGAAAGUUAAAGCAGGAACUGAGAUCACAGCAGCAGUCCGGGGAGGCAUCUCUCACAGGUAAGGAACUUCAUGCUCGACUAACCAACCCCAGACGUAUGGUGAUCCAGAGCAGCAUCCUGUUGGACAAGACCAAGCUGGAAGAAGAAGUUACACAGCUUCAGCUAAGAAUCACAGAGCUAGAAAGCCUGGUUUCCAGCCAGCAAGCAGAGACUAAUAAGUGGAAGAGCAGAGCCAUCAGUCUCAAAGGGAAGAGCAAAGCUGAGCUGGACAAACAAUCAUCCCAAUCAGGUGACAGCUCAGAGACGUUGUCCAGAAACCGACCCAGACACUUCUUCGAUAACUCUGACCUUGGAAUCAAACCAGAAAGCUCCCAUGUUCCUGCCCCAAGUGAUGAAGCCUUUACAGAUGCAGAAGUGGAACCAGACACAUGUGACAUUUUGCAAGGCUCUCCAAAAGAACAGGAUUACUGCAAGUCUCAGUAACCCUGUGUAAUUUGUAAUGUUUUAAGUGAACUGAAAACUCUUUUUAAUGGUUUAACAAUUUGUAAUAAAUAAAUGUAUUU